GUGAAGACGUGCUACGACCAGAAAUGCCUACAAAUCGCCAGCUUCACCCCCGUCGAGGUCGAUGGCGUCGACUUCUCCUAUUCGUCCUCAACUGUGUCCAGCGGAGAGGGGCGGACAUGUGCCCAAUUUAAAAUGGGGGGCAACGUCAGGAUUUCGUCCCCCUUUUCUCGGAAGACCAAGCUGGUUGCAGGUAACCCCGUAAGUGGCUCGUCCUGCCCUCUGGAGUACGAUACGCUGGUGCUCAGACCGCCGGGUCAGGCUCAGAUGGGGCAGUGCGAAGAGGUCGUCCUCGUGUUAAGAGAUCCCUCGGCCACCACGGAGCCAUCCAAAACCUCUAAACCAAUGAUUACAACACAGCCAGCUCCGACAACAACUUUAGAACCGGCGACAACCAUUCCCCAGACCACACCCACCACCCUUCCCCCUACUCCCCCUCCGACCGGACUUACCGUGUUGACCAUGGACGGUUCGACCCAGCAGGCUUUGCUCCCUAACGUACAGGUUCGGAUAAUCAGACCGGCCAUCGAAAUUUUCCCCGUGACGACAACGACGAUCUCCCCGAUUACGAAUUCCUCAAUGACAAACUCGUCGAUGGCGAAUUCCUCGAUGACGAUUUCCUCGAUGACGAAUUCCUCGAUGACGAAUACCUCGAUGACGGACUCGUCAAUGACGAAUUCCUCGAUGACGAACUCGUCGACAGGGAACUCAUCCAUGACGAACUCCUCGACGGUGAAUGACUCGUUGAUCACUGCUUACACCACCGGGGACGGCCUUGCUUUGCUGGAUAUACCCUUAGACGAGCCCGUCAUCGUCGUGGCCUCCAAGGCGGGGUAUCUGGAGACAUCAUUCACCUACUGUUUCCAACCAGGAGUGAAAAAUGUUCUUCCAAUCUUGAUUCAUAAGCACUCGUUCACGGAGCAAUUCGUCUGGAUGUCUGAGGAGGACCAUUCUGUAGAGUUCAGACAUCCUGAACACAAAAUUCCUUACAGACUCGACAUCCCAGCAGGGAGUUUGAACGUCACAGAUGGGAGUGUCGUCGAGGUUAGAUUCUCCGGUGUGCAUACAAGUCAUCCAACUGAAUUGAAAGAAGUUCCUGAGCUGAUUGGUGCAACAGAAUCACCAGACGGUAUGAAAUUGACCGGACUAGAGGCCUUUUCGAUGGCCGAAGUGACGGUGGUCAACGCGGAGACCGAUGAUCUCGUCGACGUCGAAGCCGAGAGGCGCCCAUCAUGGAACCAAAAUCCCAGCCUGGUACUUUGA